AUAAUAUUACAUUUGACUAUUAGCAAUUGCAAAUUAGAAAUUGGAAACUGCAACAGUUAUUGCACUUUGCGCCCAAAUAUUUGUUGGCAACACGUCUAUAUGUUCACCGGUAGCACGUGGCUACACGCGCCGACUCCGUUUUGUGGCAUUUCCGGCCCCAUCCUUCAUCCAACGCCGUCAAAACUCGCCGGCGGUGACUUCUCAAUGUCCUCUUCCGUCCGAAUCGCCGUCGUCGGCGACGUCCAUGAUGAUUGGAACCUAGAAGAAGAUAGGAAGGCUCUUCAACUCUUGCAGCCAGAUUUGGUGCUAUUCACAGGGGAUUUUGGGAAUGAAAACGUGGAUCUAGUCCGAAGCAUUGCAGAUUUAGAGAUGACCAAAGCUGUUAUUCUGGGGAACCAUGAUGCAUGGAAUACUCAAAACUUUUCUGGAAGGGAAAAAGAUGCUGUUCAACUUCAGCUGGAAUGUCUUGGUGAUGAGCAUGUUGGUUACCGUCGCAUGGAUCUCCCCAUGCUAAAACUCAGUGUUGUUGGUGGACGACCUUUUUCUUGUGGUGGUAGGCCCUUAUUUCGGAAACAGCUUCUGAAAGCAAGGUAUGGUGUCCAUGAUAUGGAUAGGAGCGCUGAGAGGAUCUUACAAGCUGCCAUGGGCACUCCAGAGGAUCAUUCAAUUAUAUUUCUUGCUCAUAAUGGUCCAACGGGGCUAGGUGCUAAAAUAGAUGACAUCUGCGGAAGAGACUGGUUUGUUGGAGGUGGCGACCAUGGUGAUCCAGAUCUAGCACAUGCCUUGGCCCAACUAAAAGAGGCUGCUCCAUAUUCGGUCCCAUUGGUCAUUUUCGGUCACAUGCAUAAACAACUUGCUUUAGGAAAUGGCUUUCGUAAAAUGAUAGUGGUCGGAAAUGAUAAUACCAUAUACUUGAAUGGAGCUAUUGUUCCCCGGGUUAGACCCCCAGCUUUGACAGCUGAAUCCGAAGGCACAUCGCGAGCCUUCACCAUCGCAGAAAUUUCAAACGGAAGAGUGGAGAAGAUUGCAGAAACUUGGAUUUCUGUCAUCGGAGACAAAACAAGAUUAGAGGAGGAACAUAUACUGUUUAAUAGUCCAAGCAGAGGUUCUGUCACUGCCUCUCUUUUGUAGAUGAACAACACAAUGUGAAUGUGUAUACUAAUGAUCGUCAUUUUGUUUGGCGUGUGUAUAAUGCAAACUUGAUCCCGGCCCCCAUGUGCAGUCCAGAAUACCAAUCUGAUUGCUUCUCUGGAAAGGAAAGAUUCAUAUGAUCAUUUGUUAUUCAAGAGUCACUUUAUAUGUACUGUCUUCAAGAUUA